AUGGGCACCGGCAUCUCCGUGGUGGGCUCCAUCGUCGUGGUGUCACCACCAGGACCCAGUGAAGGAGGUUGGGAGCAUGACGUGGAGGCUCGGAGGUGGACGGUGGGCGCUCACCAGGAAGAGAUGGGCACCAGCAUCUCCAUACCAUGGUCCAUCGUCAUGGUGUCACCAUCAGGACCUAACGAAGGGGCUCAGGAGCACAAGAUGCCCCCCUCCCCCUCUCACUGGUCCGUACUGGGAGGCCCUGACUGGUCCCAGUUUGCCAUUUCCCCCCCCCCAGACUCAGCGGAGGUGAUCCAGUCCCGGCUGAACGAGCAGGAGGGGCGCGAGGAGUAUUACGUCCACUACGUGGGUUUUAACCGUCGGCUGGACGAGUGGGUGGACAAGAACCGUCUGGCGCUGAGCAAGACGCUGAAGGAGGCGGUGCAGAAGAGCGCGGAGCAGUUCCUGGGGGAGCUGGGGGGGGAACAGCCCGAGCGCAAGAUCACCCGCAACCAGAAACGCAAGCACGACGAGAUCAACCACGUCCAGAAGACCUACGCGGAGAUGGACCCCACCACGGCGGCGCUGGAGAAGGAGCACGAGGCCAUCACGAAGGUGAAGUACGUGGACAAGAUCCACAUCGGGCACUUUGAGAUCGACGCCUGGUACUUCUCCCCGUUCCCCGAGGACUACGGGAAGCAGCCCAAGCUCUGGAUCUGCGAGUACUGCCUCAAGUACAUGAAGUUCGAGCGCACCUACCGCCUCCACCUGGGCCAGUGCCAGUGGCGGCAGCCGCCGGGGCGGGAGAUUUACCGCAAGAGCAACAUCUCGGUCUACGAGGUGGACGGCAAAGACCACAAGAUCUACUGCCAGAACCUCUGCCUCUUGGCCAAGCUCUUCCUGGACCACAAGACCCUCUACUUCGACGUGGAGCCCUUCGUCUUCUACCUGCUGACGGAGGUGGACCGCCAGGGCGCCCACAUCGUGGGGUACUUCUCCAAGGAGAAGGAGUCCCCCGACGGCAACAACGUGGCCUGUAUCCUGACCCUGCCCCCCUACCAGCGCCGCGGCUACGGAAAGUUCCUCAUCGCCUUCAGCUACGAGCUGUCCAAGCUGGAGAGCACGGUGGGGUCCCCCGAGAAGCCGCUGUCGGACCUGGGGAAGCUGAGCUACCGCAGCUACUGGUCCUGGGUCCUGCUGGAGAUCCUGAGGGACUUCCGGGGGACCCUCUCCAUCAAGGACCUCAGCCAGAUGACCAGCAUCACCCAGACGGACAUCAUCAGCACCCUCCAGUCCCUCAACAUGGUCAAGUACUGGAAGGGACAACACGUCAUCUGCGUCACCCCCAAGCUGGUGGAGGAGCACCUCAAGAGCGCCCAGUACAAGAAGCCCCCCAUCACCGUGGACUCCAUCUGCCUACGCUGGGCGCCCCCAAAGCACAAACAGGCCAAGGUGGCCAAGAAGUGACCAGGAGGUCAUCGCUGCGGCGAGUUGUGGCCGGGCUCAGCCUCUCCCCACCCCACGGGACCCACCAGGACUUGGGGGGCUCCCCCACCCCACCCCCUGUCCCAGCACCCAUAAAGGAGGUGACAGGG